AUGGCUCACAGCGGCGCAUUGGCGAGAACUGAGUCGGUGGAAAAAGAGAUGCAUAAGAGCCAGGACCACAGCAAAACCUUCGUGUUCACAAAAAAGAGAGGCUACGAUGUCACCCGAAACCCCCAUCUGAAUAAGUUGGCCAGUUUCCCCUUGCAGCUCUCUGACUCCUGGGGGACCUACUGGCCGCAUGAAAAGCCUGCCUCAGGGGGAUCUACGUUUGAAGAGCUCCUGCCUGUCCCCUACCUCCGCCCCCUCUGCCCUCCCUGA